GUGAGAAAUAAUACUCUUCAAUAGAGUUGAAAAAGUCCAAACUCAUUAAUUUACUUUUUUUCACGAGUUUCAAGCCAUUUUGUUGAUUGGAAUGGGAAUGCUUACUCAUUAACCAUGUCAGAAGAGUACAGUCGCGCGGCCCUGCAGAUCUGCAUGGCUCAGAUCUGUCAGCACCUGGGCUGGAACUCCAUCCACUCGACACCACUGGAGCUGCUGACUGACGUGCUGGAGCGCUACCUGCUGCAGGUCGCCAAGACAACGCACAGAUACGCUGAACAGUUUGGUCGGACCGAGCCUAGGUUGGAGGAUGUGUUUGUUGCUUUUGAACACAUGGGCAUCCAGGUAUCAGAGCUGGACGACUACAUGAAGCAUGUCGAGCCAUUGCCAUUCGCCAAAGAGGUCGUCUCGUACCCCGUACCUUGUGAAAAUGACCUCAAGUUCCCCCACCCAGACAGCAAGGAGGUUCAGCAGAGGAAAGUGUUCGACUUCGUACCGGAACAUCUACCGUACAUGCAUCCAGAACUCACUGAGGAGGAAGAGGAGGAGGUGGGUGAGGUGUCGAUUCCCGGGAGCCCGGAGAGAUUGAAGCCCAUAGAGCCAGUGGGCCCCUCUGCAGAGCUGAGUCCCAGCCCUGCCUCUCAGCCGGGAGCCAGCCAGGGCGAGAAACGACCCGCACCCAGUCCCGGAGACUCUCCACUGCCCUUCAAGAGACCCAGACUGACCACCUCCCAGCCCCUCCCUGAGGAAGCCUGUGCCUCACAGUACGAGAUGAAGACCGUCGUCAUGACAACGAGCGGGAUCCUCUCCCCAUUGGUUGAGGGACGGGGCCCAGACAUAAAGAGGCCCCCAGUUGGGAUCAAGCAAAACGUGAUAAUUGUUCGACAGAAAACUACCUCGUCGAUGGCAGCCUCAGUUGGAUUACCCGCAGUUAGGGCCCCUGGGGAGUCAUCCAUCAUCAGGCUGGACUUCAAUACGGAUCCCACCAAGAAGGGCAAGAUUGUGGAAGUGGACGAUCACAUUGAUGUGGGGGUGCAAGAGUUUGACAGGGGUGAUCCUGAGUAUAAACCUGCGAAAAAGAAAUUACAAUUGCAGAAGAGGCUGGAAAAAGAGAAAAAGAUCAAACGUGGACCAGGAAGACCAAAGUCCCCUGGCAGAGCAGGUGCACCGAAUGUUAUACACAAUAAGGGAGCAUUCGGUUUUAAAAUCCCUAAAAUUGGGGAUAAAAAAGUACCACCUGUGGUUUUGAAUUCUGACAAUCCUCUUGAUCUCUCUGCUAAAGCUACCCCUCCUGCUCCUAAUAUUAGUGUUGUGAAAGUGAUAGAUGUAAAGCCCGGGGAGUCAAUAGUGCCUAUAGAAUAUAAACCAGUAAAGACGAUCAGUAAAGAACAAGAGGAAGACAUAGAAGACACCAUCGAUUCAGUUAUCUGUCAAAGUAAAGAAAUGGCAGAGAAAGAAAGUACUGCAGAAUCCCCAGUCCGCGAGUUUGUAGCGAAGUCUGAACCAGCGGCUGAGGAGUGGACCGUUACAGCUAUCAGUGAAACCUACAGUGGUCCUGAGGAUGAUGAUGAUAAUGAAAGUGAUCAUAAGGAAGAUGAUGUUCCCAAUACUGUCGAACCCGAAAAUCCGACACUUCCUCCAGAAACACUGGCUCCUCAUCUACGCAUUCUGCAGCAGUUCAAUCAGCAGCAAAAAUCUCCUCACAUGCCCCGUCCAAGAGGGCGACCAAAGGGCAGCGUGAGCGGCUUCUACAAGACGCAAGGGACAAGAGGGAUGCACUCUCCCCUGGGCAGAAAGCCCGGGCGCCCACCUGGCGUGGGUCGAAGCCCAACUGGAAGGAGUCCUGGUCGCCCGCCCUUGUCCACUCGUAGUCCAGGUCGACCGCCACUCAGCCGUAGUCCAGGCCGGCCACCAUUCCACCGUAGUCCAGGACGACCGCCCGCUAGCGGCAGGAGUCCGGGGAGACCUAAGGGCUCCUCAGGGCUUAGUCCUAAACCCAGAGGCCGUCCCAGAGGGUCGAAAAGUCCUCGGAGUAGGGGAGCGAGUCCCAGAGGUGGCCACAGUCCUAGGUCCUCCAUAUCUUUUGACUCUCAUGAACCAAUGGACGCUACCUAUACCACAAAAAAUACUAUAGGCUCGUUUAAGAAUGACAAUGAAGCCGAGGAUUCUGGUGCGACAUUGUUCUCGUUUCCAUCACGUUCACCUUCGCGUGAGGCGACGAGUAAGAAAGAGCCUGCGCAGUCAAUACCGGACACUCCUAGGUCCCCGUCUGCCUCCCUCGAUGAGAAAUCUUCGUCGCGGAUGUCAUCGAGCCCUGCGCCCACAGAGCCUGCGCUGUCAAGGGAGAACACUCCAGAAGUCUCUGACCAUGAACAAGAGCCUGAACCAGUCCUGCACAAGUCACCAUCACCAAAAGAAUUAAUGAUUGUUAAGAAGGAACCCGCCAGUCCCCAGAAAGUCAAAGAGGCUUCACCGAAGAAACACGACUUUGAGUCCAGAGAAACCUUUAUAAGCAGCGAAAAAGACAAGCACAGGAGGGAGAAGGACAGGAGCCAAAGUUUGGAAAAGGAGAGAAAAGAACAUAGCAGCCAAAGUUCAGAAAAGGAGAGAAAAGAAUAUAGGAGCCAAAGUUCAGAAAAGGAGUGGAAAGAACAUAGGAGCCAAAGUUCAGAAAAGGAGAGGAAAGAACAUAGGCAUCAGAAAGAGCACAGUCACAGUAAAGAGAGGGAACGGUCUAAGGAAAAGAAGAAGGACAAAAAGAAGAAGAAAAAGAAGAACAAAGAUAGAGACAGAGACCGGGACCGGCCUCGUGAGAAAGAACGGGACAGGGAGGAGAAACACAAGGAACAUAAAGAGCACAAGUCAAAGGAGAGGGCAGACAAGGAGGCAGUGAAGGAGGCUUCUCCCUCCCUUGCGCCCCUCCAGAUCCAGAAAUUAAAGAUAAAGUUUGGCUCGGCUUCCUCCCCGGGCUCGUUCAGCAUCAGUCAGCUGGAGCCGCCCGUGGCAAUCUCGCCCAAACAUGAGCCACGCUCCCCACCCCCACCCAGUAGAGCUACGGAGAUGGCCGUGCCAAAAUUAAAGUUCAAGGUAUUGCCCCCUAAACCUGACGGAGGUCAGACAGGGGAGGGUGGAGAGCCAGCGUGGACCUCUUCAAUCAAGGAGGAGAAAAGGGAGACCACUCCGAAAGAGAGACGGGAGACAACUCCAAAAGAGAAAAGGGAGACCACUCCAAAACCGGACGCCCUCUUUGCGAGCUUCAGGAAUUCUCCCAAACCAAAACCAGAGUCUCCCUUAUCUAGACACAACACCAGUGACUCUGACCAUGAUCUCGAUGAUGACCGGAGUUCCAAAGCUGGCGAUGAUGGUGAAGUGACGAUGUCGGUUGUAAAGGGGAAAAUUAUGAAGGUCAAGAAGCCAGAUAAAAAGAGUAAGAAGAAAGGCUCAUCGAAGAAGGGGAAAAAUAAAAGUGAUGUUUCGAAUCUCAGGAAAGAGCUUGCUGAAGAGAAACUCUUUGGUGGAGACAGAAGCGAGAAAUUGAGCAUUUUCAAGGAGAAUUCUCCGUUAUCGCCUCGCUUUUCUCCCAAGAACGUGCCUUCCCCUAUCACAAUACCUGCCCUGAAAGCAGCCCCACCGCCACCAUCACCACCGUCCUCUCUCAAGAAGUCUCCGCCAAAACCAAAAGCAGGAAAGGAAAUUAGACCACCAUCGCCAUCAGCAUUAUACAAAGAGCUCAUGAAAUCUACCGUUCCUCCAAAAACGAGCAGCAAGAAAUCAUCUUCAUCAUCAGGAUCCCCGAAAAAGAAGUCUGCUGCAGUUUCCCCUACCAGUCGAAAGAAAGACAACACAUCCCCCAUAGGAAACAACACAUCCCCCAGCACAUCCCCCAUAGGAAAGACAUCCCCAUCCCAGACUCCCAGCACCGCCAGGUUCCUGGAUUUCCAGGCCCCUAAGACCCCGUCUCCGCGACGACCCAGUUCCAGCCCGGUGUCAUCCCCCAUGUACUCCCCAGCCUCCUCCCCAGGGCGGGAUUCCCCCCUGCACUUCCAGAUCCCGCCAACCCCUGCCCUGUCGACCAGGUACCACUCCCCCCAACCCUCGCCCCCGUCCCGGCAGAUAUCGACCGACGAGGAGGUUGAGACCCCGCCCGCUGACCGACCCAAGAUGCCGCCGCCCAGCCUCCCGCCUAUGCCACCUUCCUCCGCUCAAAAGAGAGGGGCACAGAGGACUGUCAUUCUGGAGACUGUUGGAUCCUUUGUGAAUGAGUCUGGUGAGAAGAUCUGGAUUUGCCCGUCGUGCACCAUGCAGGAUGAUGGCAGCCCCAUGAUAGGAUGUGACUCGUGUGACGACUGGUACCACUGGGCGUGUGUGGGCAUCAAGGUUGCCCCAGAGGAGGAGGAGUCCUGGUACUGUUCCAAGUGUUUCAAACCCAACAACAAGGGCAAGGCCAGCAAGAGAGGGCGCAAGAAGAGACGCAGCUAGACAAGGAAAGGGGAGGAGGUCGCCUUGAUGUAGUGGAUAUGAUAUGGUGUCCUCCUAGUGACAUGGGGAUCAUAGAUUUGAUUCCCAUCGUCGGAGCAUUGUUUAAAUCUCAACCAAAAGACAUCAAGUAUUGGUUCUACCAAAGAAAUGUACUUGAGAGCAUUUCAAUAAACCUUCUGCUGUUGAUGCUAUGAUAAAUAAGUUUAAACUAAUGUACAGAACAAGGUCUAGGCAAGCAAGAUUGGUGCAAGAAACGACGCAGCUAAACACAGGGACGGAAGGGACGCCAUCACAUUGCGUUGUUUGAAUUGGAAUGUUUAAAUGGGAAUGGAGGUCACACAUGAUUGGCAGUGUGAGGCCAUAUACAGAAUGAAGGUCUUUACCUGCAAAAUUGGAAGUGGCAUGAAAUAUCAUUUAAACAUGGUUGAGAUGGGUUAACUUCAUUACUUUUAGCUCAAGUGCUGGUAAAGGUUCGAAUUUAUACUAGGAAUGUGCUAAAAAGAUUGCUUGGUAGUGAAGAUAGUUUAAUAUAAGUAAGAAGCGAACCUCUGUCAAAGCCCUAGAUAUUGGCCUAAUUAAUGUGCAAUUGUGGUAGUUUUUUUUUGUUUAACAUGUAUAUAUUGUUAUUAAACGAAAAAAACAUA